AUGGCGUUUAUUAAAGAGGAGAGUGAAGACAUUAAGAUUGAAGAAACAUUCAGAGUCAAACAAGAAGAUACUGAGGAAGAAACAGACCUGAUGCCACUGAAAGGGGAGAAUCAAGAACUGAAUGAAAAUGAAGAGAAAGACCAGUGUGAGAAACAUUUUGAUUUAAUAACUGUAGAAAAAUCUUUAAGUUACUCAAAGACUGAAAGGACUUCUUCACAAAAAAGAAAUCAACCAACAGGAACAAUGAGUUAUUUUAUCUGCAGUCAGUGUGGAAAGAGUUUCAGUUACCUUGGAAACCUUAAAGUCCACCAGAGAAUUCACACUGGAGAGAAGCCGUACACAUGCCAUCAGUGUGGAAAGAGUUUCACUCAAAUAGAAACCCUUAAAGUCCACAUGAGGAUUCACACCGGAGGGAGCUCUUUCACCUGCCAACAGUGUGGAAAGAGUUUCACCCAAAAAGGAAGCCUUAAAGUCCACAUGAGAAUUCACACCGGAGAGAGUCCUUACAUCUGUAAUCAGUGUGGGAAAAGUUUCAAUCGAAAAGAGUCCCUUACAACUCACAUGAGAAUUCAUACUGGCGAGAAGCCUUACACGUGUCCUCAAUGUGAAAAAAGUUUUACACAUAAAGUAACACUUAAUGCUCAUAUGAGGAUUCACUCAAGAGAAAUCCAUUUUAUAUGUCAUCAGUGCGGUAAACAUUUCAUAGACGAAAAUCGCCUUAGGAAUCACGUAGUGAGUCACACUGGAGAGAAGCCUUGUAUGUGCCAUCACUGUGGAAGGUCUUGUACAAACAAGUCAAACCUUGUGGUUCACAUAAGAAUUCACACUGGAGAGAAGCCUUUCAUAUGUAUUCACUGUGAAAAGAGUUUCACAAAUCAAGGAGUCUUGAAUCGUCAUUUGCAAACUCAUUCUGAAAAGAAAUUGCAGUGUUCCUCAGUGUCACAGUGUUAA